UCCUCACACGGUUUUCAGACGGGGAGAGGAAGGACGCUCUCCCACUUCCCACCGGGCUCUGUGUGCGUUUGAAGCUAACUUUGGUCGGACUUUUCAAAGAAACUUUGAUCCGUUUCGUCGCCCCGCUGUUGCGUUCACGUGUCAUUCUGGGAGCGAGGAAAACACCGCGGAGGCUUCAGGUCUGUGUCGUAUUUUUAGCAAGUCCUCGUUAAUUUGGAGGAAGGACAUCAGUUUUAUUCACCUCCCGGCUGUUUUUUUAUUUUAUUUUAUUUAUUUUUUUUAUUUUUUUAAAUCGGCGGGGCUCUUCUGUUUUUAUAUUUUUGGGGCUACGUUUUGGACGUGCCGAGUGGGCAAGAAUCAACAGGUGCCAGGAUGGAUGAGACCAAGCAGUACAAACAGCGGCUGGAAGCCAUAGCUGAGAAGCGUCGGCUGCAGGAGGAGCARGACAGAGCCAGACGAGAACAGGAAGAUGAGAGGCUCCGGCAACAGCAGCUCAAGAGGAAGUCUUUACGGGACCAGUGGCUGAUGGAAGGAACCCCUUUAUCCCCAACCUCCCCAAACACCCAGAGUCCUCGGUCCUCUCUGUGGAGCUCCCAGACCCAGGACAUGGAAAAGCCCACUGACAAUGUGCAGCCAGAGAAUCAGAGGUUGGCUGAGGAGCAAGAAACGCAGGAAGCUGUCAAAGUAGCAGAGGCUGGCGCAGAGAAAAUCCAAGAUGUUAUGCAGAAUGGACAAGUCGAUGUAACACGAUCAGAAACAUCAGAUGCUGAUGUGAAGGAAACCCAAAUCCCAGCAGAGACUGAAGCUGCAGUUGUCCUAACCAACGGUCAGGGCCGUUUGGAAGAAAACAGUAUUCAUAAUGAUUCAGAGCCGAGUGUUUUAAACCCAAAUGGGCCCGUCAAAGCCUUUAAAAGUGUUGGUGGCAUAAAAUCUGAGCCAGAGAUGAACAUUACUGAGGCAGCAUCAGGUCCAAACAUCAGCAUUAAUGAAGAGGAGGAAGAAGGGACUCUGGUGAUGAGAGCAGAGCCUGUGUUCAUCACAGAUGAAGCCGAUGAUGUGCCCGAGGAUCUCUCCUCACAAGAAGACCAGCAGGAGUCGGACCGAGCCUCUCUGCCACAUUCAGAGGCAGGCAACGCAGCAGGAGAGGUUUUAGAGCAGGAGGGAGAAACAGAAAUKGCUCCAGAACUUUUACCAGACUCAGAGAAGAGCGAAGCAAGUGAGCUGACGGUGGAAGCACAACCAGCAGCUGAAGAGGAGGAUGUGGAGGGUGGCGUUAAGUCCAGUAGCACCAAUGCAGAAGAACAGGAGACAAAGACUGAAGUCCAAGAAGGAGAAAUGGAAAAUCCGGUCUGCGUGCAGCUUCAGUCACCAGCCAGUGCUCUAGAAGGAACCACGGUGGCUCCGGUACCGGUCUACAGCGAGCUGCCACACUCCGCUCUCAGUCCAGAAGCAGAGCUUCAGACCAAAGACAAAGCUUCGGCAACUCCUGUGGAAGGAGAAGCAGAAGUAAAAGUGGAAAACCGUGCCUGUCAGCCGAGUCAGUUCCAAGAGGUGCCCCUGACUGAGCCUCAAGAGAACCAAAAGAAAGAGGCAGAACCAGGCGAACAGGAACCACUUCUGCUGAAAGUCCAGGCCUGCACAGUUAGCUCUGCCGGAUCAACACCGAACCCCGUCACCGCAGAAACCCUGAGCCCGACUACCAGGAGCCAAGAGACCGAGAACCAGUCACCCAAACAUAAAACCUGCCAGUGCUGUUCUGUCAUGUAGGUUCCCUCCCUCCCUUCAUUUCCUCUGAAUCUCCUCAGUCUGCUGGUUCCACCGGUCUGUCCCUCUGCAGUCCAAUUCAAAACACAUCCCAUCCAUUAUCUUAAGCUGGAUGUGGACAAACUUCUACUUUUUCUCACUUUUAACCUACAUUUAUAUUGCUAAAAACAAAAUUCUACAUAACAAACUUCAGGUGGACUUUUUAUGUGUAGUUUAAAAGGGCUUAAGGAGCUUAAAAUCUGAGACCACAGUUUUAAAUCUGCUUCAUAUAAGGUGAACUAAAACAUGAAGACUGAAUAUUUUGUUGGUUAACAGAUGAAGCAACCAGUCUGCAAAAACUGAGAUGCAAUAAAAUGUAAAAAAAAAUAAAAAAUCUACUUAACUGUUUAAAAUUGUAUCAUUUGUACGAUAAUCACUUUAAAGUUGAAUUUUAUUAGAUUGGAAAUUUAAAUAGAAAUACUAACUAUUCAAUGUGGGGGUGGCCUUAAUGGUUUUAUUUACUUUGCAAUAUUGUUUUGGAAAUUGUACAGAAACCAAGACCACCUUUGAAUAGUUUGAGCACCACUGACAAUUUAACAGAUAAAUUAUUUUUAACUACUCGUGACGAUGUUUUUUUUUUUUCGUUUUUUGUUUUGAAGAGAAGGUCCAGAGAUUUGUCUAUGGAUGUAAAUACUGUAAACAAAACAACAAAAAUUAACUUUUGAGCGUUUGCUGAAUGUUUUCAUGAAUAAACUAUCAUAUAUGACACAA